AUGGCCAAUACGUAUGUUGUUAUUGCUGCAUCAGUUCUUGUCUGCAUUGGAUUAUUUGGAAAUUCUAUCACCGUGUGUUUUGUUGCUGUAUCCAAACGGCUGCACACUCCAACAUACGUCCUGAUUGGUUGCCUAGCAGUGUCUGACGUACUCGCCUCCGUGACGCGAUAUGUUAAGAUAUUUGACAGAUAUGUUUUUAAAGAAUAUUCACAUGCUUGUAUAUAUGUGAUAUUCACCUUUUUAUUUCUUCACUCGGCAUUUUUCCAUAUGGUGUUAGUAUCAUAUGUACGUUUUGUUUUCAUUACAAAUCCUCUUCGCAGUUUGAAUCUGACUUGUAAACGAAUUUUGUGGAUGUCUUUAGCCGUUUGGAUAAUCUCUGUUGUCGUUUCCAUCGGAUACGGAACAUUUAAAGUGCUAGAUUUAAUGCAAAUGAUCUCUUCCGAAACAGCAGUUUCAGCUGAGGUUGGGUUUGUCAUGUAUGUUUGUGGAUUUCCAUUUAUAAUUGUAGUGGUUUUCAAUGUUCAAAAGCUGUAUUAUCUGUAUAACCAAACAGCUAAUGUUCGACGAACCAGAAUAGCAAAUUUGAUGUCUGUGAUGUUUUCGAUUAUCAUUGUAAUUUAUCUCCUUAGCACAAUAUAUCCUUUAAUUUACGUAAUUGAAUUUGGAUUGUUAAAGUGUUCACUUAGUGAUAUACACAAAGACUUAGUUCAUGAUAUGUUUUCUUUUUCGUUGCUUGUCAAUACUUGUUUGAAUCCUUUGAUAUAUUUCAUGUUUUCACCCCCUGUUUUAAGAGUUCUAUCCCGAUUAAAAAAUGUUGUAAUUAUGGCACAGAUCGUCGCAUAAGCAAUCCUAGAUCGUGUCCGCAAGUGAAAUGGGUUGGUGAACU